GGUUUAAAUAGGUUUGUUAACAUCAUUGUUAACUGCAGUCUCUGUUGUCUGUCUGUUGCUGUCAGGUGUCCACACGUUACAGAGGAUGAGUGGCUGUGAAUGGGAUGAUGAGACUGGAGAGGUUAUAGGUUUUUUAAAGUAUGGUUAUGAUGGAGAAGACUUCAUACCAUUUGACCUGAAGACGCAGACAUGGAUUGCUUCCACACCUCAGGCUGUCAUCACCAAACAGAGAUGGGAGAAUAACAAAGCUGACAUGGAAAGCAAUAAGAUGUUCCUCACAGAGAUUUGUCCUGAGCAGCUGAAGAAGUAUGUGGAGUAUGGGAAGAGCUCACUACUGAGAAAAGUCUUUUCUCAUCUUUUGCUAUCCCUCCACCCUCUCUUGCUCACUCUACCUCCACUGUCCCACUGUUGAUCUGGACAUUUCAUCAGUGAAUCCUGAAGACUGGAGCAGGUACGACUGUGUGUUUCAGCUCUCUGGAGUGAAGGAGGACGUCGUCAAAA